AUGAGACCAGCACUGCCGGCCGUGACCGUUGGCCUGAGUUUGACGGCCGCUGCCAAUGCUGUCGACAUAACAUGGGAUAACGACGAAUCAAUCAAGAGCGCCGCAAGCACCAUAGCCUACGGGCUAGUGAAAUAUUAUACUGGAAACAACACUGGUGAUACGCCGGGAAACUUACCGGAUCCCUAUUACUGGUGGGAGGCUGGCGCUAUGUUUGGCACAUUAGUCGAUUAUUGGUGGCUCACGGGGGAUGAUUCCUACAACGCUAUUACUACGCAAGCUCUGCUUCACCAAGCCGGCGAAGAUAAUGACUAUAUGCCGAAGAAUCAGACCCUGACAGAAGGAAAUGACGACCAAGGCUUCUGGGCGAUGGCAGCUAUGUCGGCAGCCGAGCAUAAAUAUCCCAACCCCCCCGAGGGUCAACCACAGUGGCUCGCUCUAGUGCAAGCUGUUUUCAACGAGUACGUCAGCCGUUGGGACGAAGCGGAAUGUGGUGGAGGUGUGCGGUGGCAGAUCUUCACCUGGAACGCCGGAUUCGACUACAAGAAUUCGAUUUCGAACGGGUGCUUCUUUAACGUUGCUGCGCGCCUGGCUCGCUACACUGGCAAUACCACCUACUCUGACUGGGCCGAGAAGGUAUGGGACUGGCAAAACAAGGUCGGCCUAAUCACGGACCAGCAUGAGGUCCUAGAUGGAAUCCAUCUUGAAGGCAAAUGCCCCAGCUCCGUCGACAGCACGAAGUGGUCUUACAACGCUGGCAUUUUUCUCUACGGCGCCGCUGUCAUGUACAACAUAACGGAAAACGACACCUGGAAGACCCGUGUGGAUGGCAUGUUAGAGGAAGUCAACAAGGUAUUUGUUCAGAACGAGGUCAUUUACGAAGCGUAUUGCGAACCCACUGCCCAGUGCAGUCAAGACGCCCAGAGCUUCAAGGGAUAUCUCGCCCGAUGGCUGGCAGCCACAUCGCAGGUCGGCCCGCAUACCUCGGACUCCAUCAACAAGCUGUUAUUGUCAAGUGGGAAGAAGGCAGCAACGAGUUGCUCGGGCUCUGGUGGUGCGUUCAAGGGCCCUCCAGGCACAGCUUGCGGCUUCUCAUGGCUCAAAGAUUCUUUUGAUGGCGUGGUUGGCGUCGGGCCGCAGAUGGCUUCAUUGCAGGUGAUCAUGUAUAACCUCGUGCGGGCGGCCGAGGGACCUGUUACUACCAAAACUGGAGGAAAGUCCAAGGGUAACCCCAACGGAGGCAAAAUCGACGACGGUAGUGGUUCGGGCUCAAGGGGUCCCAACCUCAAGCCGAUUACAGCCGCGGAUAAGGCCGGGGCGGCUAUAUUGACUAUACUUGUUAGUGUUGGUGUUGUGAGUGGCACUAUUUUUGUCUCAAUCUAG